AUGGCCGCGUCACCUCUCCUCCGCGGCGGCGGCGGCGCCGGCGCCGUAGUCCGUGGCCGCGGCCACGUCAGCCUGUCCCUCCUGGCGGACCGCUGCUCCACCCUCCGCGGCCUCACCGUCGUCCACGCGGCCAUGCUCGUCUCCGGCCGCAUCGCCAACGACGCCUUCGCGGCUUCCCGCCUCCUGGACGCCUACGCCUCGCUCUCCCCUCCGGCCGCCGUGCUCUGUCUCCUCUCCUCCCUCCCUUACGCCCCCAACUCAUUCAUGCUCAACACCUCCCUCCGCGCCCUCGCCUCCUCCCCCGACCCCGCCUCCGCCCUCGCCUUCUUCUCCCACCUCCGCCACUCCGCCGGCUCCCCCUACUCCCCCGGCAGGCACACCUUCCCCUUCCUCCUCAAGGCCUCCGCUCGCCUCGCUCUUCCUGUCUCCACGCAGAUCCACGCGCUCAUCGUCAAGCACGGGCUCGACCAUGACACCUACGUUGCCAACGGCCUUGUCCGCGCGUACUCGGUGGCUGGACUCAUUGGUGUCGCGCGGAAGGUGUUUGAUGAAUUGCCCGAGCGAAGCGUGGUGGUGUAUACCACCAUGGUCUCUGGCUAUGCGCAGAAUGGGCGGUACCAGGACGCCAUGGGAGCCUUUGAUGAGAUGCUCAAUGAGGGGUUCGAGCCUGGUGCAGUGGUGCUUGCAUCGGUGCUGUCGGCCUGCGCACGGUCAGAGUCUGGUGGGCUCGUGAUGGGGCGGCGUGUGCAUGAUAUCAUGGAGAGGAGGGGGAUGGCGGCGCCUGUGGGGGUGAUCCUUGGCACAGCAUUAGUCGACAUGUAUGGAAAGAAUGGGGCGAUCGAGGAGGCUGUAGCGGUGUUUAAGGGGAUGCCGGAGCGGCAUACAGCUACGUGGAACGCCCUGAUCUCAGCGUUGGCGCACCAUGGGCAUGGCAAGGAUGCGCUGGCGAUGUUCGAGCAGAUGCGCCAGGAGGGUGUGCCGCCGAAUGCAACCACACUUGUCGGGGUUCUGUCAGCAUACUGCCACACAGGGCUGCUCGACGAGGCCCGCAGAGUGUUCGCAUCUAUGGAGGACUUUGGGGUGACUCCGAGCAUCCAACACUAUGGGUGCAUGGUUGACCUCCUCGGCCGGAGUGGACUUCUAUUGGAGGCAGAAGAGAUGAUACGUGGGAUGACAUGCAAGGCUGAUACUAUGAUCUGGGGGGCUUUGCUUACAGCCUGCAAGAGCCACGGCGACAUUGAUAUCGCGGAACGGGCUGUGCAAGAGAUGCUGAAACUGGACCCCAACAACCAUGGCGUGUAUGUGGUGCUGUCCAACAUAUAUGCAGAUGCUGGGAGGUGGCAGGACGUGGAUAAACUUAGGAAAGUGAUGAAGGAUGCACGGUUGUCAAAGAUCCCCGGGUCGAGCGCUGUUGCUGGCUGCAGUGCCGGCUGA